AUUGCAGAAAGGAUUACGAGGAUCAUGUCAGGAUAUGAUCGGAUAGACAAUGGCAGAGCUGAAGACACAGAGUCCUUAUCGUCCUCUUCCUCGUCUGCAGGGAACUCUGGAAUAUUACCCCUCAGAUGGAAGAUUUCUACAUUUGUUAUGAUGAACCUGUCGCUGUUUGUGUCGUACGGACUCUUCAGUCUCCCAGGCUCCUUCCUACCUCUAUACAAUCUAGAAAGAAACAUCCCCAUCAGUACAACAGGUAUAAUAUUGGGGGCAGUGCCGUUUUGCUACAUUUUCAUCUGUCCUCUGGUGGCCAAAUGUCUGGACAGAUAUUCAAGUAAAAAUCUUCUACUUCUCAGUACAGGUCUAAUUUCUUUAGUUACUUUUGCUUACUCGACUCUGGGUUAUGUCAAGCACAAAACACUUUACAUCACUCUUUCUUUGAUCCUCAGGGUCUGCCAGGGAAUAACAGGUGGAGUGGUCGAUGUAGUGGCGUUCACAGUCACAGCCAAAAUGUUCCCGUCCAAUAUAGCCCUUACUACAGCCGUUGUAGAAACAUCGCUCAACUGUGCUAUAGCUACUAGUCCUUAUAUCGGGGCCCUGCUUUAUGAGAACGUGAAUUUUCUGCUAGCAUUCGUAGCUCCAGCAGCAGCCAUAUUCGUGGUCUUCCUAACAAGUAUUGUUUGCGUUAAAGAUAUAGACUGCAGAACAUCGGAUACAGAUGGUGUUUCUCAGGGAGUAUUCACAGACCCCCUGAUUAUCUUUCCAGCGUGGCAUUGUGCUUUCUCUCAAACUCUUCUUAACUUUUACAUCCCUAUAUUGGCGGCUUAUACCACGGUUGAGUUUGGGCAAGGAGCAGUGUUUGCGGGAAUCUGUCUGCUGGUGAACACAGCUGGCAUUAUUAUCCUGGCUCCCUUUCUGGGACAACUCAUGGACAUGUUCAGCCCUUAUAUCUUCUUCAUUAUAUCUGCUUUCACCCUGCCCGUCACCUACCUCUUCCUUGGACCUUCCCACUUUUUUCUGGGACUGGUUCAGCCAUCGAUCACACAAUUGCUAGUUGUUCUAGCACUUAUUGGGUUGGAGAUGUGUCUCGCUUGCUUCCCCUCCCUUAUCAUCAUGUACGACAUUUACAAGGUGCGGUACAGGAAGAUGCCUCAGUCAGCCCAGAACCUCAUUACCUCGAUAUACUGUGCUUCAUUCCCAGUUGGAGCGUUUGCUGGGGCAGUUUCCUCAGGAAUCCUAUCCCAGUACCUUACAUUCGCACAAAGCACCAUGGUAACCUGCACUGUAUUUCCAGGAAUCCUAUCACAGAAUCCUAUCCCAGUACCUUACAUUCGCACAAAGCUUGCUUCUAACCUGCACUGUAUUUCCAGGAAUCCUAUCCCAGUACCUUACAUUCGCACAAAGCUAACCUGCACUGUAUUUCCAGGAAUCCUAUCCCAGUACCUUACAUUCGCACAAAGAAUCCUAUCCCAGUACCUUACAUUCGCACAAAGCACCAUGCUAACCUGCACUGUAUUUCCAGGAAUCCUAUCCCAGUACCUUACAUUCGCACAAAGCACCAUGCUUCUAACCUGCACUGUAUUACCAGGAAUCCUAUCCCAGUACCUUACAUUCGCACAAAGCACCAUGCUAACCUGCACUGUAUUUCCAGGAAUCCUAUCCCAGUACCUUACAUUCGCACAAAGCACCAUGCUUUUAACCUGCACUGUAUUUCCAGGAAUCCUAUCCCAGUACCUUACAUUCGCACAAAGCUUGCUUCUAACCUGCACUGUAUUUCCAGGAAUCCUAUCCCAGUACCUUACAUUCGCACAAAGCACCAUGGUAACCUGCACUGUAUUUCCAGGAAUCCUAUCCCAGAAUCCUAUCCCAGUACCUUACAUUCGCACAAAGCUUGCUUCUAACCUGCACUGUAUUUCCAGGAAUCCUAUCCCAGUACCUUACAUUCGCACAAAGCUUGCUUCUAACCUGCACUGUAUUUCCAGGAAUCCUAUCCCAGAAUCCUAUCCCAGUCCCUUCCUUCCCCAAAAAGCAAACCUGCACUGA